ACCAUUGAGAUAGGACGUCCUAUAAAAUCGAGGCUCUUUCUCUGAAUUCUCACUAUUCAUAUUGAUGCCUCAUUUGAUCUCUCCAUAGAUAGAACAAACUGGGGGAAUAAACAGUUGAAGGCUUUCUUAAUCUAUAAAGUUGAUAGAAAAUGGCUGAGGUCGAUGAUAUUCAGCCCUUGGUAUGUGAUAACGGAACUGGAAUGGUGAAGGCCGGGUUCGCAGGGGACGAUGCUCCAAGAGCAGUUUUCCCCAGUAUCGUUGGGCGGCCCCGACACACCGGUGUGAUGGUCGGGAUGGGACAAAAGGAUGCAUAUGUGGGAGAUGAGGCUCAGUCGAAAAGAGGUAUCCUAACCUUAAAAUAUCCGAUUGAGCAUGGAAUAGUUAACAACUGGGAUGAUAUGGAGAAGAUCUGGCAUCACACUUUCUACAAUGAGCUUCGUGUUGCUCCAGAGGAGCACCCGAUCCUUCUAACCGAGGCACCUUUAAAUCCCAAGGCCAAUAGGGAGAAAAUGACUCAGAUCAUGUUCGAGACAUUCAAUGCUCCUGCAAUGUACGUUGCAAUUCAAGCUGUCUUGUCUCUCUACGCCAGUGGCCGUACAACAGGUAUUGUGUUGGAUUCUGGUGAUGGUGUGAGUCAUACUGUGCCAAUUUAUGAGGGAUACUCGUUGCCGCACGCUAUCCUUCGUCUAGACCUGGCCGGGCGUGACCUAACGGACUAUCUCAUGAAAAUCCUCACUGAGAGAGGUUACAUGUUCACCACAUCUGCAGAGCGAGAAAUUGUCCGUGAUGUCAAGGAGAAGCUUUCGUACGUGGCCCUCGACUACGAGCAGGAGCUUGAGACUGCUAAGACCAGCUCCUCUGUCGAGCAGAAUUACGAGCUACCCGACGGCCAAACCAUUACUAUUGGGGCCGAGAGGUUCCGUUGCCCAGAAGUACUCUUUCAGCCUUCUUUCAUCGGAAUGGAAGCUGCAGGAAUUCAUGAGACCACCUACAAUUCUAUCAUGAAGUGUGACGUCGACAUCAGGAAGGAUUUGUAUAGUAACAUUGUGUUGAGUGGUGGCACAACUAUGUUCGGAGGCAUUGCUGAUCGCAUGAGCAAGGAGAUCACUGCAUUGGCUCCUAGCAGCAUGAAAAUUAAGGUCGUUGCCCCUCCUGAAAGAAAAUACAGUGUUUGGAUCGGAGGCUCGAUUCUUGCAUCUCUAAGCACAUUCCAACAGAUGUGGAUUUCCAAGGGUGAAUUUGAUGAGUCUGGUCCAUCAAUUGUCCACAGAAAAUGCUUUUAAGUGGUUGCUAUGGAAAGUCCUCUUUUUAAUUGUUUGGAUUUUAUUGCAGUGGAGAAGUUUUAGUAUAUAAUGUAUGGAAGUCAUUGUCUUGCCAUUUUUCAUUUUUUUGUAUGUAUUUCUUGCUUUAAUUUUUAUUUUUAUUUUUAUUUUAAGAGAGCUUCUUAUGAUAGCAAGCAUAAUUAAGUUAUAUUUAUAAUUGAACUUUGAUCGUAUGUAUAGCACUUAUUGAACAAAAAUAUUCAAUAUAUUAAUUCAUUAUUAUUGAGA